AUGGACGUCGAGAGGCUUUUGUUUGCGGGAACGAGCAUCAACAGAAAGCGCUUCAAAAAGGAUAUUGACGUUUUCAAGGUGCGUGAGCAGACGACAACAGCAGGAGCAGAAGCUUCUCAAACAGAGAUUGACGGUUCAGAUCGACUGGAUGGUGGAGCGUCCGGCGCGUCUGGAGGAGAGGCAUCAGAGAAGAAGAUGGACCCUGUUGAGCAUGCAGCAGUGCUGCGCAAGCGCCAUCGCAUCCACGUGUCCAGCCACCUGGUGACGGCUCCCCUCGAAUCCUUCCAAGAACUGGCCGACAAGUACAACUGUCGGCGGCGCAUACUGCGCAAUCUGCAGGAGAUGGGCUUUGAGCACCCCACGCCAAUCCAGAGGCAGGCAGUGCCGCUGCUGCUGCAGGGGCGGGAGUGCUUCGCCUGUGCGCCCACGGGCUCCGGCAAGACCGUUGCUUUCCUGCUUCCCGUUGUCAUGGCCCUUAAGUCCCACUCACCCGACGCCAUCAGAGCAGUGAUUCUCGUGCCGACUCGCGAGCUGGCGCUGCAGAUAUCGCGCGCGCUGAAGCAGCUGGCAGCAGGCACGAAGCUGAGAGCGCGGCUGCUGACCAAAGCCACUGCCAGCUGUGUGGAGCUCAAAGGGGCGGCAUGCGAUGUCCUCAUCUCCACUCCCCUCCGGCUGGCCCACCUGGUGGCUGAAAAGAAAGUUGACCUGAGCCGGCUGAGGGCGCGUCAGCUGACCAAGGCCACUGCAGGCUGUGUGGAGCUCAAAGGGGCGGCCUGCGAUGUCCUCAUCUCCACUCCCCUGAGGCUGGCGCACCUGGUGACUGAGGGGACGGUCGAUUUGAGCUGUGUGCAGCACCUGGUUCUUGACGAGGCGGACAAGCUGUUUGAGAUGGGCUUUGUGGAGCAGAUCGACGGGGUCGUGGCGGCCUGCUGCCUGCCCGCCCUCACGCGCUCCCUCUUCUCCGCCACGCUGCCUGAAGCGGUCGAGCAGCUGGCGCAAUCCGUCAUGCAUGACCCUGUGCGGAUCGUUGUUGGGGAGAGGAACGCAGCAGUGGAGACGGUGCAGCAGAGGCUGGUGUUCGUGGGCACGGAGGAGGGCAAGCUGCUGGCGAUGCGGCAGCUGCUGCAGCAGGGCGUGCGCCCCCCGGUGCUCAUAUUCGUGCAGAGCAAGGAGCGCGCCCAGCAGCUCUUCUCCGAGCUCUCUUUUGAUGGACUGAGCGUGGAUGUUAUCCAUGCAGACAGAUCCGUGGCUCAGAGGGAGCAAGUGGUAGACGCGUUCCGCGAAGGCAAGAUCUGGUUCCUGAUUGCAACGGACCUGAUGGGGCGAGGCAUGGACAUUGCAGGGGUGAAUGUGGUGGUGAACUACGACUGCCCGCAGACCACCGCAGCCUACAUCCACAGGAUAGGCCGCUGUGGCAGGGCAGGGCGGCCAGGCGAGGCAGUGACGUUCUAUACAGAGGAGGAUGAGCCGAACCUGAGAGCCAUAGCCAAUGUGAUGGCGCAGUCUGGCACUGAGGUGCCGGCUUGGAUGAAAGCUCUGCCCAAGAAAAGGCUGCGGAAGCACAGGGACGGAGAGAAAUCGGCUGUCUUGCCGCCUAAACGAGCGCCGAUUUCGACGCACCCUGCCGCGCAGGCUAAAGGGGUGAAGCGCCGAAAGGUAACAGCAAAUAAAGGCGACCUGUCUUAG